AUAUAAAUGGACGUCGUUGGAUAUCGUAUCCAAAUUUGAGAUAGCGUUGUCGCGAGAAGAGUUGAUCAGCGCAAAACGUGAAGAUGGGAAUGGGAGUACCUCAUUCCUGUGACUAUCUUGUACUAUUAUUUUGUGGCACUCUAGGAAACAAUGAUCCAGAAUUACUCGGGAGUGAUGAAAGUGAUAUUAUUAUAAUUGUCUGGCAGUUACUGGAUCUUGUGGAAAACCAAACAGGGGAUAUUCACUACAUUUACAUUCGACCUUCAUCCAACAUUCAUCUCUCAGAAGAGUGGAUAAAAGAAACCGGAAUUUCAGAAGAAACAUUACAAUCAGCAAUUUCAUUCGGAGAGGCAAUACAGCAGUUUGAACAAACUUUACGCAAUGAAUUGAAUAGCAAAGGUCGAACGUGCAAAUUUUUCUUGUGUACUGAUGGACAAUGUCACCUGAGACAGGUCCUGCAUCCGACAGCAAUGCGACAAGAUAUUGCUCUGCCAGAAUUUUUCCACAGUUUUUUUGAUCUUCGAAAAGAAUUUCGCAAUUGUUUUCCUGGUACCACGACCGAUCACAAUGCAAAUAUAAUAGAAACUGAUGAAAUGGAUGGCUAUUCUCGACAGUCGACCGUUUCAGUAGAACAAAUGUUGGAAUACCUCAAUAUCACAGUUCCUAACACGUACGGUACUUUGGGCGUUGAUCACGUGAUGAGGAUGAGCACUGUUGUACAAGUUAUGAUAUGUGAAAAACAUAAUCAUCGGUUUACUUGCCCGGAGACGAUAUUAGCAAGAUUGGAUACAGGGCCCUGCGUUGGAUCUUAUGGAGCACAGGAAGAAUGCGUUGUGAGGGCGCGUGGGUUACCCUGGCAAGCUUCAGAUCAUGACAUAGCCAAAUUUUUUAAAGGACUUAAUAUUCAAAGGGGUGGCGUGGCGUUAGUACUAAAUCCACAAGGUCGCAGAAACGGGGAAGCUCUUGUACAAUUUUGUAGCCCAGAACACAGAAGUUUGGCUCUUCUCAGACACAAGCACCACAUGGCGAAUCGUUACAUCGAGGUGUAUCGAGCUAAAGAGGAUGAAUUUUUCAAAGUGGCGACAUGCAAUUCAAGAGAGGCUGUGCAGUUCCUAUCUAAAGGCAGUGAUGCUAUAGUUCGAGUAAGAGGCCUGCCUUUCACGGCAGUGGCCCAUGAUAUAGUCAAUUUUUUCGGUCCGGAAAUUCCCGUGGCAGGGGAUGAGAACGGCGUACUAAUAGUCAGAUUUCCUGACGGCAAGUCCAGUGGAGAUGCAUUUGUGUUGUUUGACACAGAAGAGAUUGCUCAUCUUGCACUUGGAAAACACAAGCAAACAUUAGGCAAAAGAUAUAUCGAAAUUUUUAAAAGUACGGCUGCCGAAGUGCAACAGGUUUUAAGUCAGCAUAUGUUAACACCUAUUUUGUCGCCUCCACCAAUGGCAUCACCUAUGCAUCACGUUCCAAUGGGAUUUCCCGGCUCCCCAGUAACCCAUGCCGCUGUUCAGCAGCAUCAGGCUCAAUUGGCCCAACUCCAACAGGCUCAAUUGCAAGCCCAGGCCCAAGUGGUCACUCCACCGGGAUCGAUUCGUAACUGCAUCAGAUUGCGCGGAAUGCCAUAUUCGGCCACUGUCGAAGAUAUCAUGCAAUUUCUUGGUGAUCUCAGUCUCGGAAUUCUUCCCAACGGUAUUCAUAUGGUGCUCAAUCAGCAGGGACGACCUUCUGGAGAUGCAUUUAUUCAAAUGACGACCCCAGAAAAUGCCGCUUUAGCCGCCCUUGACAUUAGUAAAGGAGGCUGCCAUAAAAAGCACAUGAGGGAGCGUUACGUUGAAGUGUUUCAAUGUUCUGGUGAUGAGAUGAAUAUGGUUCUUAUGGGUGGCACUCUCAACAGAAAUGGAGUACAGCCACCUCCUGGAAUGAGUUUAGUUGUACCGGAUCAAAUAUCAGUCCAGCGACCGCCAGUAACACCACCUAUUCCGUCUCCAUUCGGCCUUCCUGGUGCUCAGACGCUAAUGGUUCAGCCAUCACAGAUUCCAAUUGAAAUGCUACAUCCACAAGCUCAACUGCUGCCUGCCAUGGCAGGGCGGCACAUACUUGCCCAGCCUACUCUCUUACCUUAUGCCGCUUACCUUCCCACACCACCGGUAUCGCCAUCCAUCCCAGGAUCUGCUGCAACAGUUCAUACGUUAGCUGCUUCACCAGGAUAUCCUCAUCAGUUUGCUAUACCUCAACCUGCUCAUCCAUUAGGUAUUCAAGUUAGAAUGCAAGGUGUAACGUACAACCCCGGAAUGUCUGACAUCUUAACGUUAUUUAAAGGAUACAAUGGUCAACAACCUGGUCCUUUUUAUGCUUCUGCAGCUGCUGCGAGUGGUUGUCAAUCUCCUCUAGUGGAUGAAAAAGCUCAAGCUGUUGCGGCACAAGUCGCCGUUGGAAACGGAAACAGUCAAACAACUAACGAUUGGACAUGUAUAAUGUAAACCAACGCGACGCGUAAUUGUUUCUAAAUUUUAAUCCUGUCUUUACAAUUUGUUCCCGACAAAGUUAUCGUUCAAACUACGAACGACGAGCAGCGUGCCACGCCGCACGUCCGAAAUGGACCACGAACCCAGAAACUAUCUGUGUUCAAGCUGAUUUUUACACUUGCGUGUAUAUAACCAAAAUGAAGUUUCUUAUGACAAAACUUUUGAAUCGAAUCACGAAAGAAAUUUCGUUUUCUGCAGUGUUGUUUCUGCAUAGUCUUUGCCUUGCGUUGAACGCCAAAUGGCAUUCACUCUCUGCCUUUUGAAUUUUGAUUUUCUUCAUUGUAUAUAUUUCAAAUUUUAUUUAUUUCAAAAACAAAUUUAAGAUGUAAAUUAUCGUAAUUUACUCACUUUUUUGUUGAAUCGGAUUAGUUUGAUCAUUACAGAGUUUUGAAAAAUCAAUACCUCGUGAUAGUA